ACCCUGGUCCAUAAAGCAGGCGGGCUAUCAGGAGGCUUCCCUCUCCUCUCUCUCUCUCUCUCUCUCUCGCUAAUGGCGGAAGGUGCGCAAAUUCACCGCUCAGAUGCGUCAUCUCCAGUACCCGCUCCCUCAAAUGAAGAUGUGAAACCUUCUUCGGUGCCCAAAAAUCAUGAUUUGCCUGCCCUCCAGUACCCCUUGUUCCCAAUGAUGUACAAUCAAACACUUCCGGGAUUUUUUCCCUUCCAAAGUCAAGAGCAAAAUGAUCAUGGUGGUGGGAUUUAUGCAAUUGCUACGAUGCCGUUUAUGUCUCCGUUGCCUGGAGUUCCUCCGCCCGUGGCGCUCAUACCUCUCACUUAUAGCCUUCCUACGAGGCCAGCUCCUACUGACGGGAAUAAUAAUGAGGGUCAGAGACAAGAAGUGCCACAACAACAUGCACCAGAGCGGCAAAUUGUGGUUAGAAGGUUUCAGAUUGGUUUUCAGCUUGACUUGUUACUUAUCCUAAAGCUGGCCGCUGUGGUUUUUGUGUUUAGCCAAGAUGGAUCAAAAGAAAGGCUCUUCUUUCUUCUGCUGUUUGCCUCUAUUAUUUAUCUGUAUCAAACUGGGGCUCUCACUCCGGUUAUUCGUUGGCUUUCACAAUGGGUGCAGCAGGCCAUAGCACCGCCACAACCCCAUGUUAGGCAGAGGAAUGAACAAGAACCUGUACCAGAAGGAAAUGCAGGGGCUGAAAAUGUGAACCAACCAAAUGCUGAUGCAGUGAACGGUGGCAACUGGUGGGGAAUUGCAAAGGAGAUUCAAAUGAUUGUUGUUGGCUUUGUAACUUCUCUUCUACCUGGUUUUCACAAUGUUGAUUGAGAGAUGGGGGUAUUUGAUGUAACAAUGACAUGGCCGACGCAGGCUUACAUCGGAUGCAAACAAUGACAUGCAAGCCGUUUCAAAGUUAUCAGUUUUUUGGGGAGGCACAGCUGGUUUAUAGUUGUCGUCUAAUAUCCCUCCUCUUUUCCUCUUAUUCCUGUAUUUUUCCAAACUUUUUUGGGGAUGCGGAACUUCAGGUUUCUAGCUCCUUAGCAAAGAUAAAUGUAAUAUCUUUUUGGCAAAGUGAUGUGUAUCUUGGGUAAUAUAUGUUAAUAAUUGUAUCUGGCGAUUCUAGGCGAAGUUCUGUUGGCA